AGAAAAUUUAUUUGCAUCACAAGGUGGCCCAAUUAUUCUUGCUCAGGUAAUUGAUUUAAUCUUUUAAAUAGAUUAUGUGGUGUUUUGUAAUGUUAUAUAUAAUUCUUAACAAUAUUUAUGUUUUUUUUUUGUUUUAUUAAUCUUGCAGAUAGAAAAUGAGUAUGGAAAUGUAAUGGGACCCUAUGGAGAAUCGGGUAAAGCAUACAUUAAGUGGUGUGCAAACAUGGCUCAGUCUCUUGAUGUUGGUGUUCCAUGGAUAAUGUGUCAACAAAAUGAUGCUCCUCAGCCUAUGGUAAUAGAUCAGUCUAGGUAUAAUGAAUAUUUAUUUAAUAUAUUCAAAGGUUAACUAUUUUAAAUCGUUUUUGUUUUUAUAGUUGAAUACAUGUAAUGGAUUUUAUUGUGACAAUUUUGUACCAAACAAUCCCAACACUCCUAAGAUGUGGACUGAGAAUUGGACCGGAUGGUAAGUUUUAUUUUCAGUAUGAUUAUAUUUUUAUUAUUUUGUAAAUAUUUUAUCAUAAUAUAUUUAUUUUGUCUUCUCUUUGUUUAGGUUUAAGCAAUGGGGUGGCAAAAAUCCCCAUAGAACAACCGAAGAUGUUGCAUUUUCUGUUGCAAGAUUCUUCCAAAGAGGAGGAACUUUUAAUAAUUAUUAUAUGGUAAAUUAUAAUAAUGAAAUUUAAUUUAUUUAUUAAAAUAAGCUCACAGAAAAUCGACAUUAACUAGAAAGAGUAAUUGAAAUGUUUUUAUUAUUGUAGUACCAUGGAGGCACCAACUUUGACAGAACUGCAGGUGGUCCAUACAUCACAACUUCAUAUGAUUAUGAUGCUCCCCUUGACGAAUAUGGUAAAUUUAAAGUAUUUUCAUAUUUAAAAAUAUUUUAGAAGUUUCUAUUUUUACUAACAUGGGAAAAUCGAUUAGGUAACUUGAAUCAACCAAAAUACGGGCAUUUGAAACAACUUCAUGAUGUUCUUCACUCUAUGGAGAGAACUCUCACAUACGGAAACAUCUCCACCAUUGACUUUGGAAACUCUGCAUCGGUAAUAUUAUUGCUAUUUAUUUUUAUCACUAUUGUACAUGUUAUUCUUGAACUAGUUACUUAUCAUGAAAAUAUUACAUAGGCAACAAUAUAUAAAACUGAAGAAGGAUCAAGCUGCUUUUUUGGAAAUGGAAAUGAAAAAUCAGAUGCAACAAUUAGUUUCCAAGGAGAAUCUUACGUUGUCCCGGCUUGGUCUGUUACCAUUUUACCGGAUUGCAAAAAUGAGGCUUAUAACACCGCAAAGGUUUUCUAUUUUACAUUUUCUUUUGUGGAUUAAAAAUUUUCAUACUAACAACCAUUAUUCAUUUAAAGUUGUAACCAAAAUUCAUUUUUUUGUUGGUUUAAUAUUUUCAGAUUACCACUCAAACUUCAAUGAUGGUUAAGAAGCCAAAUGAAGCUGAGAAUACCCCUUCAACUCUUAAAUGGUCAUGGAGACCAGAGAACAUGGACAACUUCCUUUUGAAAGGAAAAGGAGAAUCUACACAGACACAACUAUUUGAUCAGAAAGUAGUAACCAAUGACCAAAGUGAUUAUCUAUGGUACAUGACUACCGUUAAGUUUAAAAAACGAGAUCCAUUUUUGGGUAAAAACAUGUCUCUUCGCGUCAACAGUACUGCUCAUGUCCUUCACGCUUUUGUCAAUGGAAAACAUAUUGGUAAGAAUCUUCUAUAUACGUUUUACAAAUCUCAAUAACACCAACUUACGAAAAAGUAUUUGAUUUAUAUUUUUAGGUAGUCAACACGCUGAGAAUGAUAAAUUUAACUAUGUAUUUGAGAAAGAUGUGAAGUUUAAGUCUGGCCGUAAUGUCAUUGCUCUUCUUAGCAUAACUGUGGGACUUGCGGUAAGUUUUUAGAUAUUAUUUUUUUCUUGAAUUUUUUAAAGUUAAAACUCUUUUAAAAAAAAUUAACUGAAAAUAAAAUUUUGUCAACUCUUUUUGAAUAGAACUAUGGUGCUUUCUUUGAAAGUAAGCCGGCUGGAAUCACUGGACCCAUUUUUAUUACUGGAAGAAAUGGUGAUGAAACUAUAGUUAAAGACUUGUCUGCUCAUAAAUGGAGCUAUAAAACCGGUUUAAUUGGGUUUGAGAGCCAACUCUUUAGAACAGAAUCAAUGUCUAAAUGGUCAGUUGAAAGUGUACCGUUUAACCGAACCAUGAUAUGGUAUAAGGUAAAGAGAUGUUAUUAUCUAUAAGAUAACAAACCUAACACUUGUUGAUUUAAUAUCAUAUCACAUCAUUCCAUUUUUUCUUUCAGACUACAUUCAAGUCUCCCUUGGGAAAUUAUCCGGUUGUUGUCGAUCUUAUGGGACUUGGAAAAGGUACAGCUUGGGUCAAUGGAAACAACAUUGGACGUUAUUGGCCGGCAUUCAUUUCAAGCGAAAAUGGUUGUGAUGCAAAUUGUAAUUAUAGAGGUGCUUAUCAUGCUGAAAAAUGUCUGACCAAUUGUGGUGAACCCACACAAAGAUGGUACCAUGUUCCUCGUUCUUUCUUGAAUGCAGAAGGAGAUAACACACUAGUUUUGUUUGAGGAGAUGGGAGGAAACCCAUCGCUUGUCAGUUUUCAAACUACUAGAGUGGGAAGUGUAUGUGCUAACGUCUACGAGAAAAAUAUUAUUGAGCUUUCAUGCGAUGGAAAACCCAUUUCUGCCAUCAAAUUUGCAUCCUUUGGUAACCCAAAUGGCAAUUGCGGAUCUUUUGUAAAAGGAACUUGUGAAUCAAGUAAUAACACGGUUGAUAUUCUCACACAAGAAUGUGUUGGAAAAGAGAAGUGUUCCAUUGAUGUCUCAACAGAAAAGUUUGGAGCACCAGAUUGCAGUGGUGCUGCUAGAAGGCUCGCCGUCGAAGCUAUCUGCUAAAUGUUUUUAUAGAUUUAUGGUGUUUUCUUUAUCAUAUUUCCAAAUUAUGCUAUAUUUUUUUCAAAGAUUUAAUUCUUUUUUAAGAUUUAUUGAUGGUUGUUUUAUUCAAUAAAAGUACACAUUCUUAUAUACAUUUUACACAGUCAUCUUCCUUUUCCAAAAAAAAAAACGGUAAUUUCUUCUCCACCAUCCUCACUCUCCCUGAAAAAUUGAAUAAUUUUUCCCUUCAAUAUUUAUUGUUUUCUAUUUAAUUUAUAACAUUGACUAAACUGCGCUAGCUUAGUUGGUAAAUAACUAAUUUUAGUGUAUUAAGAUACACGAGUUCAAAUUUGACCUUUUGUGAUUUUUGUUUUCUAUUUAAAAUAGACACUUAUUGUGACUUUUUUUUGUUUUUUGUAUUAAUGAUAAAGAAAAGAAAUAUCAAAUUUGAAAGCAUAAUAGAGUGUUUAAUUUAUUUUAAGGAAAUAAUAUAUAAAUACGUUAACAAUAGUAGAGACUAUAUCUUAAAUAAUAUAUUGCACUCUCUAUAAAUAGUAUAGUUCUCACUAGUCCAAUGUAUAGUUUUUAGUUUUUACUGGUCCACCGUAUUUUAAUAACUUUUGGCCAUCUUUGAUUUUCAAUAUUAUAACCAUAAUAUGUUAUCAUUUAUAAAUACUUAGGUUUGAUAAUACGUACAAACCAAUUGGUUCAUAACAAUGAUACACCAAGAAAAAACAUACCAAAAUAAUUUUAUAUAGUUUGCCAAACUUAUAAAAAUAUACUUAAGUUUAUUUAGUAUGUUUAAAUAAUAUUGCCGACAAAAAAUUAAUAAUAAUAAUAAUAAACUAACUAUCAAUUGUAUACUUUUUAAUAUGUGGAAUGGAAUAGUAAUUUAAAAAUAUAACUGUUGAUAUUUUUGUUUACAAUAUUUUAAUUAUAAAAGAUUUUAAAAAUAUAAUUUUUUUUUGGCAACAAAGAUUCAUUAAAUUUAGAGUUUAAGAGAUACAAAAGCUUGAACCAGAAUGUAAGCAGGCCUUAGCAUAUAAGUUCGAGGCCUUUUAAAUUCUCUCUUGAUGAAAGUAAAACAACA